CCGACACCCGCGACCCAACUCACGAUGGAUCUCAGCUGGCAUAAAUAAUAUCCUUCAGCCCAUUCCGAAACUAAUCUGUCACAAUACUCACACUCGCACAAACACAAUCGAAGUUACUUAAUCAAGCAACAUCCUGAAGCUACUAAAGCUAUUACGAAUCACACAUCAAUCGUGAAACAUCAAACAUUCCACCCAAGCACUACUUCAGACACUCACCGCCCCGCCAAGAUAAGGCUCAAGGCUCAAGCACGUCAGCGUUGACUCAUCUAAUCUUAUUGCCUAAUUGUCGACGCCCGACUAUAUAAAUACAAUCUCUCCCAACCACAAUGGCUCCAUCCAUUCUCCCCCGCAACAAAAUGAGCAUCACCCAGACAUACUACCUCGCCCACUCCGCCCGCAGCAAGCUCUCCAAGGAGGCUUCGCGGGCCGACCACGAUCUACGCCUGCUCGUCGGCCACGCCAACCUGCUCGACUCGCUGAUGCUCGACCUGGCCAAUGCCGAGAAGGAACAAGAGCGAUGGUUCAACAGCACCGUCCGCAACGCCUCCAAGCCAUCCCCCAAGCCCGCCCAACACUCUCACAUUCGAUGGGCCGAUACUGUGGAGGAAGAGUCUGUCGAGGACUACUCCGACGACGACUCUGACUUGAGCGACUCGGACUCUGAGUUUGACGAAGAAGACUUUGCCACGAUCAAGAGCGUCGCUCCCAAAUUAUCAGAGAUCUCAGAAGAAGAUAUCGAAGAGGAGGAAGAUGAUGAUGAAGAAGCCGCCCGUCUCACACUCACACGGUCGCCUUCUCACAAAUCUCCUCCAUCCCCACCAGAGCUGGUCGAGGAUGGCUCGUCCGACUCAGAAGAGGACUCAAUGCCUCCAUCGCCCACACAAGUCGCCAUCGACGCCUUCAUGGCCACACAAAAACAUCCUGCCAAGCGCAGCGAUGGGCUGGACCAGUCGUCCAUCAUGUUCGAUCACGCUUACAUCGAGCAGGGUACGUUGAUACCUGCAUUCUAAAAAAAGUUGAAUGCGAUAUUACGAUAAUACCAUCUAUGAUGUUACGAUACCCUGCUAGCGAUUGACGAGCAUUUGGCGAAAGUGCAUAUCUGAGCGAUUCUUGUUUAUUUACCAAAACUAAUACUCUACUCUGUAUAUAGAUCUCCCUACGGGUUGAGACUGAAUAUAAUCAUUCACC